GCCUUUAAAAAAAAAAAAAACAAAACAACAAACCACAACCCUUCUUGGCCUGAAGGAGGGUGUUAGAAGGUAAACCAGUCUUCAUACCGAUCCGGGAUGUGUGUGGCUGAGGUGGUGAUGCCUGGGCCGAAUGGAGAUUUUGUGGGGUGAGAAAUUUCACUUCAGGCUGCCAUAGCUGUGAGCAGAGUCUGUCUCUCUAAGUAUCAAACGUUCAGGAAGCGAGCAGUUCACUGGCUCUUUCUGCAGCUGCUUUUAUUUUAGUUUGUGAAGGGCUGGCAGUCAUUCUUGCCACUUCUCCCUUUGAACUUCCCUGCUUGACAUCACCAGAGGCAAGGAGGUGGCUGUGCCAGAACUCCGAGCUUCCAAGUUUCCUGGUCUAUGCAUUGGCUAGUGCUUCUCCCCUGUAACUAUAGAAAACAUCAAGGGUUAUGGUCAGUGAGACAAGUAGAUGGUUUCCACCUCAGAGCUGCAACACCUCUGAAGUGUGAAUUUAACUUUACUGGAAAAGCACUUGGACAGUGAUCAACUCAAGGUUGAUUCUGCCUAGAUAAAAAUGCUUUUGGGGGGGGUCUUGGUAGUCAGGAAGCCUGCCUGAAGUGGGCAAGCACUGCAUGCUGCCUUCUUAAAUAAUUUAGAAUCAACUGUACCACAGAAAACUAGGCGGAAGAGCAGAAUUCUGAGUUCUGUAAAUGACAUUUGGGAACUGUUGGAGACAUAACAGCAAAACUAUUCUUUUGCUAAUCAACGUUAGUAGAUGCAAAGUAAGGGCUAGGAUAGAACAGCAGUAGAAAUUACAGUAUUAUCAGAUCAAACUCCUCCAACUCCUAAUGCUGUAAGAAUAAGAUACAGUUACAAAAAGUUGUGGAAAUGAACACUGGUGAAAAUAAUACUCCUUUCUUCAAAAAGACUGAAGUUCCUGAGCCGAGGCCUUCUUGAUCCUGAGAGGGAAAACUUUUUUCCCCUGUUGAAGCAUUUGAUGUUCUGGCUUGUAUUUGUAAUUCAGUGUUGAAAUAGGGUAAGACAUUGCUGAUGCUGCACAUACUAUACUUAAUCCUGUAAAUCCUGCAUUGAACUGGGUAAUGUAUGUUUGCCUAAAUGUAUAACUUACCCUGCCUUGAAGUACCUCAAAAUUGAAAAAUAAAGAUUGUACGGCGGUUUCUUUAGGUAGCUUGUCCUAACAGUUAAUAUAGAGCUACUUUUAAAGCACAGUCACAGGAAAUUGCAUUAACUUGAAGUUGACUGUAGAAGGAUCCUAAAUCUGGAGUCAGGAGUUCUACUGAUACUUGGAAAACUAGGUGGGGUCUUCCCCACCAUUCACAAAUGAUCUUCCAGAACAGAGCCAACGUGGUCUUCAGAACAGCUGGGAGUAAAAGACCUAGCAGAGGAAAGAAAUGUGCUUUCCGUGGCUGGGUCAGGGAGAGUGAAUCUGUUGGGAGGGUUAAAUCCUACUUUCAGUGUUCAGAUCUUCCUUUUGCAUAUGAAAAAUGAACAAACUGCUGUAUUCAUCUUUCCUUAAGGUGGUCAGCCCAGAAAUGUGCAGCCUUUUAGUGAUGAAGAUGCUUCAAUUGAAACUAUGAGCCACUGCAGUGGCUUCAGCGAUCCUGCUAGCUUCACUGAGGAUGGGCCUGAAGUUGAUGAAGAAGCCACUCAAGAAGACUUAGAAUACAAAUUGAAGGGAUUUAUUGAUCUUACAUUGGACAAGAGUGCAAAGACAAGACAAGCAGCUCUUGAAAGUCUGAAAAGUGCUUUUUCUUCUAAAAUACUAUAUGAAUUUAUCAUGGAAAGGAGAAUGACACUAACUGAUAGCAUUGAACGCUGCAUAAAGAAAGGUAAGAGCGACGAACAGUGUGCAGCUGCCGGACUGGCAUGUCUUCUGUGUGUGCAGAUGGGGUCAGGAAUUGAAAGUGAAGAGAUUUUUAAGACCCUUGGUCCGGUUCUGAAGAAGAUUGUCUGUGAUGGAACAGCCAGUGUCCAAGCCAGACAGGCUUGUGCAACCUGCUUAGGGAUUUGCUGUUUCAUUGUCACUGAUGACAUUACGGAGCUGUACUCUACUAUGGAAUGCCUGGAAAACAUCUUCACAAAGGCCUAUCAGCGAGAUAGAGACACUAAUGGCGUAUCAAGUACCCAUAAUACUGUGCUUCACAUCAGUGCUCUCUUAGCAUGGACACUGUUGUUGACCAUUUGUCCAAUGAAUGAAGUGAAGAAGAAAAUUGAAAUGCACUUGCAUAAACUUCCAAGUCUCCUGUCUUGUGAUGACCUCAACAUGAGAAUAGCUGCUGGAGAAACACUAGCUCUUCUGUUUGAACUGGCACGUGAAACAGAUGCUGAUUUCUUUUAUGAAGAUAUGGAGCUUCUGACAGAGAAACUAAGAGCUCUGGCUACUGAUGGAAACAAGCACCGAGCCAAAGUAGAUAAAAGAAAGCAGCGAUCUGUCUUCAGAGAUGUUCUACGAGCUGUUGAGGAGCGUGACUUUCCUACAGAGAUGGUUAAGUUUGGACCUGAGCGCAUGUAUAUUGACUGCUGGGUUAAAAAACAAACUUACGAUACCUUCAAGGAGAUUCUGGGGUCGGGGAUGCAAUAUCAUUUGCAGUCAAAUGACUUUCUUCGGAAUGUGUUUGAGCUUGGUCCACCAGUAAUGCUAGAUGCUGCAACUCUGAAAACAAUGAAGAUAUCCCGUUUUGAAAGGCACUUGUACAACUCUGCAGCAUUCAAGGCUCGGACAAAGGCUAGAAGUAAAUGUCGUGAUAAAAGAGCAGACGUGGGGGAAUUUUUCUAGAUCUCCUUUUCCAUGGGGUUCAAUUUUCAUAACUAAAAUAGAUUUGUAACCUUUAAAUUAAUUUUUUAAUUUCUGUAGUCACAGUUUGCAGUUGUGCACAGGGAUAUUGUAUAAAAUCUGUAAAUAUAAUGCAUGUUGUUGCUUAGUUGCAUAUACACUGUAUAUAGAUAGAUGCAAGAUUGGGUGCAGGGAUACAUUAUAAGACUUGCAUUAGAUGCAACUUGCUCCAAAGGUUGAAUAUACUGUAACUGAACUGUUCAAUGGGCUGGAUAACUGUAGUCAAAUGCCGUGUGUCAGAUUGGAUUCCUUGCUUUAUGUAAAAGUAAAUUAAAGUAAUUCAUUGACCAAGUGUUUUGGUAAGAAUGUGCUAAUAUGAAAAGAUGAACUUGUCCAUGUGAAGUUAUUUUGGUAACUUUUAAAACUCUUCAGUGGCAGG